AUGGACAACUCCAUGAGAUUUGGAUUGAUGGCUGUGUUUGCUGUAUCCGGAAGCAUGGUCUUCUUGGUUCAUCAAGUCCAUAAGCGUCUAUUAUCUAACUUCAUGGAGAAAUUUGAGUGUGAAAUGGGUGGAAAACAUCAAGCAAAGAAGAAGGUGCGGUUUGCAAAACAAGCUUUGGAAAAUCCACUAGAGAACAAGAGUUGUCGUAGAAACGUGACUAGGGUACGACGCGUCAAGGCUGAGGAAAUUUGGGUCAUUGAGAACACUCACAAAUGGAGACGUGUUCCGAAAUUAGAGGACAUGAUGCCUCCUAAUAGGGCAGUUCUAUAUAGGGGAAUUAUGAAAUAUAGGAAUAGGAAUCUCAAUGGGAGACUUCGUUUUUAG